UUUGUGUCGACUAAUAGUCUGUCUAUGUAAGGCCCCAAAAAAAGAAACAGAACCGUCGGAUUUCACACAAACAAAAUCAAGCACACAUUUUCCUCUCUCGUAAAUCAAAUCCCAUAAAAAAUCAAUAAUCCAAAAGCAAAAUUGGUGGCUAAAAACAAGUAAAACGUGAACCCUUUUAGUAGAUAGAAAGCAAUCACUUUCUUGUGUUUUGUGGGGUUUAUAAAGGGAGGAAAAAUAGGAGUCUGCGUGUCAAAACGCGCUGCUGCAGCAGCACGGGAGGAGGUAGUGGUGAAGAAAUUCUCUCCACCACCACAAUCUCCGGUAGCGGCAGCAGCAGCAGCAACAAAGAGACAUUCAGGGCUGUUGAGUUCGAAAUCGGGACAUUUAGUGGGUGAUUCGAAUAGGAUGAAGGGACUUUUCAAGUCAAAGCCGAGAACUCCUGUCGAUGUUGUUAGACAGACUCGCGAUCUGUUAAUCUAUGUUGAUCGGAGUUCAUCUUCUUUGUCUGAUUCAAAACGAGAAGAGAAGAUGGCAGAAUUAGCUAAAAAUACCAGGGAGUUAAAGUCAAUUCUUUAUGGAAAUAGUGAAUCUGAACCAGUGUCAGAAGCGUGUGCACAAUUGACUCAGGAGUUCUUCAGAGAGAACACACUUCGUCUUUUGAUCAUCUGUCUUCCAAAAUUGAACUUAGAGACCCGAAAAGAUGCCACUCAGGUUGUUGCAAAUCUACAAAGGCAACAAGUUAAUUCAAGAUUGAUUGCAUCAGACUACUUGGAGAAAAAUACAGAUCUUUUAGAUAUUUUGAUAGCAGGUUAUGAAAACACAGACAUGGCUUUGCACUAUGGUGUAAUGUUGAAGGAGUGCAUCCGUCACCAGAGUGUUGCAAGAUAUGUCCUGGAAUCACCACACGUGAAGAAAUUCUUUGAUUAUAUACAACUUCCAAAUUUCGACAUUUCUGCAGAUGCUGCUGCAACUUUCAAGGAACUCUUGACAAGACAUAAAUCUACAGUAGCUGAAUUUCUUUCUAAAAACUAUGACUGGUUCUUUGCCGAAUUUAAUUCGAAGCUGCUAGAGUCCACCAAUUACAUUACAAGACGACAAUCUAUCAAGCUGUUGGGAGAUAUGUUAUUGGAUCGCUCUAAUGCAGUCGUGAUGACGAGAUACGUGAGCUCGAGGGAUAACUUGAGGAUUCUUAUGAAUCUUCUCAGGGAAUCAAGUAAGAGCAUCCAGACAGAAGCCUUUCAUGUUUUCAAGCUUUUUGUUGCAAACCAAAAUAAACCUCCCGACAUAGUUAGUAUACUUGUUGCAAAUAGAAGCAAGCUUCUUCGUUUGUUAGCUGAUUUCAAGAUAGAUAAAGAGGAUGAACAAUUUGAGGCAGACAAAGCUCAAAUUGUGAAAGAAAUAGCUGCCCUUGAACCUAGAGAGUAGCCAUGAGUGUGCCUGGUUUCUUGUAAUCAUUUUACAUAAUUUACAGCUCUCAUACCCUGAUGACAAUAUCAGUAUCCAACGAAUAUAUGUUAAAACUGUAUAUUCUUGUGCGAAGGGAAGAGAUAAAUAAAAAGACAUGAAUUGAGUUCAAUCCAA